GGCGGACACGCCUCCUUCGGGCUGAAUUGGCUCGUGGGGAGCCAGCGCUGAGAUUUCUGCUCCGCUCUCCUGCUCUAUUGGCCAGCGCCCGCGCUUGCAUAUUCCCCUGCACGCUCUCCUGUGUCUCUCUCCGCCCCGAGAAGCUGACGCUCGCUCUUCACAAACACUCCGGAUCAACACUGGCCAUUCACGCGGCUAAAUGUACCCCGUGUAUGGCUUGGCUGGGUGAACAAAUGGUUCGUGCUUGAGCGCGAGAGCCACGGAGCUUGGGGCCACCUGCGGACGGAAUGCGCGGAUUUUCUCCCUGCAGGAAUUUAACCUGGUGAAGGAGGAGGAGGCGGCGCGCGCAGCUCAUACCUCACGCGGGCAGUUAUUCCGGGAGGCUGCCGCACUUCUCCAGUGGACGGGCUACUGUGGUGCGCGCGGAGGGAUGUCGGAAUGGCUUGCACCAGAAGAACAAAAACUUUGGUGUCGACAUGCGUGAUUCUGAGCGGCGCGACCAACAUCGUCUGCCUGCUCUAUGUCGGAUGGGUCACUAAUUACAUCGCCAACGUCUACGUCAAAGUCCCCGUGCCCGUCCCAGGGAAAAAGUUGGACAGCGACAAAAAGGGGGAAACUCUCCGGAUUAUCGAGCGCCUGGAUCGGCUGGAGAAUGUAGUGAACCAGCACAUCCAAGAGGUUCCUCUGAGAGGAGGGUGGCAGCCAGGCGGACGCGGAGGCGGACCAAUCCUUCUCUGACUCCUCCCUCUUCAGUCAUUGGG